GGGCCGGGACAGGGGGGCGCGGGAGAGCUCUCUCAAGGGCGUCCAGACCCGGAACCGCUCCAGCUACCUCCGGGAAAUCCACCUCCCUUGCCCAACGCUCCCUGCCUGUACCUUUCGCCUGAGCCCAAACCGGCCUAACCUGCUCUCCCAAGCCGCCCCCCCAAAGCCGCGCCGGGGAAGGCAGGGAGUUCAGUGCCAGCGUGAGGCGGAGGGAGAGAUUUGAUGAUGCCUUGCCGUUGACUUGGUGAGCCAGACGGUGGAGCACCGGCAGUCCUGCCUAGCAGUGCUCCCUGGCUGGACGGGGGAGGGGACCCCGCCAGGGGUCUGCAAGCCUCACCCAGCCCACCCCACGCACCCCCGGGAGAGUCAGCGGCAGCUGCAGCAGCGAGGGAAGAUGGCAGAGAGCUCCCUGUACACGCAGCGCCUAGAGGCCAUCGUGGGGCGGCGCAAGGUGCAGGAGCGGAUCCUCCGGACGCGCCGGGAGCUGGAGGAGGAGAAACUCCGAGCCCAGCAGCUCAAGAGGAAGUCCCUGCGAGACCGGUGGCUGAUGGAGGGGUCGUGUCUGCCCCCCGAGAACAACCCCACCUCCCCACUAUGGCAGACACAGUCCCGCAUUCAGGAGCUAGAGCAGGAUCUGUCCAGCCUCCAGUCCCAGAUGCAGCAGCUGGAUAACCCGGAGCAUCACGGCAGGCCGCACGAGGCCUUGGAAGAUGCUAAGCAGCCAGCAGGGGGCACCUGUGAGGCCCGUGGGGCUGGCUCUGCUUCGACAGGUGGGGGGGGUUGUGGCUGCGAGACUGAACCUGCCCUCCGCCUGGCUCCAGUGCCCCCCAAGAGGGCCAUGCGAGCAGCAGCCCGGGAGACCCUGGAGAAUGGGGAUGUGUCGAGAGCAGGUCCCUUCGGCGUGGAGGGUGUUGGCCCUGGGGAGGGCAAGACUGAAGCCAGCUCUGCUGCUCCGGGAACUCAGGAUGACGGGGCGGGGGCGUCCGCUAAGCAGCCGGAGAAGCUGGGUGUGGGCAAGGUGGAGAUGAUCAUUAGAAACCACCUGGGCCAGGAAGUGGGCAGCAUGGACGCCAUUGGGCGAACGUCCCCGGAGACGGAGGGGGAAGCUCCCCGGGGAGAGAACGGGUUGGAGGAGACUUGGGACGGAAGGACCGAGCGGGAGCCGCAGAGCCCGCCUGCCCUUGUGAGUGACGCCCUGGACAGCGGGAUGGAGGAGAGCGUGGCAGGGGAAGGGAGCAGAGAGGGGCCGGAGGGGGAAUCCGGGGUGCAGGAGCGGGAGGCGCAGGCCCUGCCGGAUGAGAACUGCUGCCUCGAUUCCCCGAGGCCCGAGCCGGACGGGGAGCUGGAGGAACCGCUCGGGGUCAUGGAAGAGGGGGAGAUCUCGGCUGAGCCUGCCAGGGGAGCCACAGGAAUGGAGGAGGCAGAGGCUGCCCAGAGGGCUCAGCGCAGGGCAGCAGAACCAGAGAGGCCGGAGGAGCUGGGACCCACCCAGGGGAGAGGCCCUAUGUGGCAGGAGCCUGCUAGGGAACAGGAGCGUCAGGUGUCCCCCGGGGCGGAGCAUCCCCGGGCUGCAGGGAUGGGGGAAGGAGCAGAGACAAAGGCUUAUUUGCAGGACCAGAUCCCCUCCCCCCAAGAGGCUAAAGGAGCUCUGCAGGACCAGAUCCCAGAAGCUAACGCAUCUCUCCAGGACCAGAUCCCAUCAGCUCUCCAGGACCAGAUCCCAUCUCCCCAAGAAGCUAAAGUAGCUCUGCAGAACCAGAUCCCUUCCUCUCUGCAGGACCAGAUCCAAUCUAUGCGGGACCAGAUCCCUUCCUCUCUGCAGGAAGCUAACACAUCUCUGCAGGACCAGAUCCCUUCACCCCACGAAGCUAAACAUUCAUUCCACAGCCAGAUCCCCUCCAGCCAAGAGCCAAUCCCUGCCCUUCACGGGGAGCUACCGCUUACCCCACGGGAGUUGCCAUCCGGCGGACCACCCGCCCUGGAGCAGGUGCCUUCCCGACCCCGGGAGAGCAUGGCCCUGAAAGGAGGCGGCGGCACUGGCCCGGUUCCAUCGACUGCAGAAGAAACCACCGAAAACCUGGGGAAGCUCCACCCGGAGCAGCAGCCUCUGCUCAAGGAAACCUCUGGGCUCCGGACGGGCCGGAAGGAGCCACUAGAUCCCGUGGCCAGGAGCCUGCAGCCGGGAGCUGGCGCCUUGAAGUCGCUGGCAGCUGUGAGCCCAGAGGCCCCGACAUACACCACCGCCUCUGCCAACACCGCCUCUCCGUGCCAGGGCAGGAGCGCCGCCCCCCCCCGGCCGGGAGACGGGCAGGAGACGGGCAGACGCAAGCAGAAGACGUGCCAGUGCUGCUCUGUCAUGUGA